AUGGGAACGUCUAAAAGAAGGCUAAAGAAAUUGAUGAAUAAGUAUAGUCCUGGGAUUGUUGCCGUGGCAGAACCUUUCCUAUCUCAAAGGCAUAUGGAGAGCUUUAAACAAAAAUUGCAGUUUGAGGGUUGUUUGUCAAACGAAGUGCAAGGGGGAAAAUUAUGGAUUUUAUGGGCCAAGGGGGCUAAGGUGGAGCGCAUGAAGCUAUGGCAAUCUUUAUCUAAUAGGGUGAGGGGAUCUACUCCAUGGCUUGUAUUGGGAGACUUUAACAUCAUAAGAAAUGAUUUGGAACGUAGAGGUGGAAGGCCUCGACAGUAUGCGACAAUGGAGGAUUUUAAUUCUUUUAUUGAUUCUACUGGCUUAUCUGAAAUGAAGUAUUCUGGAAACCAUCUUUCGUGGUGCAACAGACAUGAAGGAGCUUCGCAGAGUUGGUCCUGUUUAGACAGGGUCCUUAUGAGUGCUGAGGUGCUGUCAAUUUUUCUUGAAGCUCACCUAGAAUACUUAGGAAGAAGUACUUCGGAUCACUCUCCAAUGGUGAUUCGGUGGAAUAAUUCCUCAACAUCGUAUGGCUUUCCUCCCUUUAAAUUCCAUCAAAUGUGGGUUAAGCAUGAGGCUUUCAUGGAGUGUGUGGCGGUUUCUUGGGAGAAGGGGAUGGAGGAGAGGGGAAUGGCUCGCUUGGCAAAAAAAUUGAAAAGAUUGAAAAGUACUUUGCGUGGGUGGAAUAAGGAGGUUUUUGGGGCUACGACACUUAAUAUUAGACUCUUGGAAGAUAGAGUGGGGAAGUUAGAAAAUAAAAUGCAAGAGGGCUUUAAUGAGGAAGAUGAGCAAGACUAUUUGGUAGCUAAAAUUGAACUGAACACUUGGCUGGAACGUGAAGAAACAAGAUUGAGACAACAAGCUAAACUUUCUUGGCUGGAGAAAGGUGAAGCCAGCCCAAGUUUCUUCCGAGCUUGUAAUGCUCGGUCCAAAAUGCAGGUUAAUGAAAUGCGACUACCUGAUGGAAGAUGGUUAAAGUCUUCGGAAGAAAUCCAUGAGGAAGCAGUUCAAUAUUUUAGUCAUUUUUUGGCCCAUAAGCAGGUGGGGGUACUUCCAGAUUUAUCAAAUCUGGUGCAAACAGUUGUUAUAGAGGAAGAUAACGAGAGGUUGUGUCAGCUCCCUUCAAUCCAAGAUGUGAGAGAUGCAGUGUUUUCCAUUCCAAUUAACAGUAGCCCAAGGCCAAAUGGGUUUGGGUCGGGUUUCUUUCAAGCUUGUUGGCAUAUUAUAGGCAAUGAUGUGGUGGAAGCAGUACAGGAAUUCUUCUUGGGGGCUUAUCUUCCCAUAAAUUUUGCAGCAUCAUUUUUGACCCUCAUUCCUAAGGUGGAGUCGCCAACAAACUUUGACAAGUUUAGGCCGAUCAGCCUAUGCUUGACCUUCUACAAAAUCUGUUCGAAAAUAUUGGUGAGUCGACUGGCUCCAAUGCUUCCACGAAUUAUAGCUCCAGAACAAGGAGCUUUCAUCCCUGGCCGAAGCAUCUUCGACAAUAUAAGCCUUAUACAAGAGCUUGUACACAGUAUCAAUAAACCUAUUUGGGGCGGCAAUAUCAUACUUAAGCUGGAUAUAGCAAAAGCUUAUGAUAGUGUGGAUUGGAACUUCCUCUUGCAUGUCAUGUCUCAUUUUGGUUUUUCGAGUCAGGUGUGUGACCUGAUCAAGAUGUGCAUUUCGAAUGCUCAUUUCUCCAUCGUCAUGAACGGGGUUCCAAAGGGUUUCUUUAAAAGUGGUCGAGGAUUGAGGCAUGGGGAUCCAAUCUCCCCAUAUUUGUUUAUCAUGGUUGAAGAAAUUCUCUCCAAAUUGCUCAAAGCGAAAUUUGAAGAAAAGAAAAUUGGUGUGUUUGUGCAACCUAGAGGUACCCCUUUGAUAUCGCAUUUGUUAUAUGCCAACGACAUAGUUAUUUUUGCUAAUGGGAGUAAAGCUUCAGCGAGAGCCAUUAUGAGGGUUUUGUCUACAUAUGAGCAAUGGUUGAGUCAAAAUGUUAGUAAAGGCAAGUCGUCUAUAACCUUCUCGAGACAUAUCACCAGGCCCAGACGGCGAUCGAUCCAACGGAUUACUAGGUUUGUGGAGGGCAAAACGCCUUUCAAGUACCUGGGAGUCCCAAUCAUUUUUGGGUGUAUGAAAUCAGCUUACUUAGAGGAAAUUGUUGGGAAAAUUAAAGCAAGGUUGGAAGGAUGGAAGAAUAAAUUAUUAGCUAAUGGGGCUAGAGUGCUUCUCUUAAAGCAUGUCCUAAUGAGCCUCCCUAUAUAUUUAUUGUCUACUGUCUAUGUACCUGGUUUAGUAAUGACAAGUAUCAACAGAUGCCUAAGUAACUUUUUCUGGGGUGUUCAAGAUGGAAAGCCAAAAAAACAUUGGAAGUCACGGGAUAAGUUAUGCUUACCUGUAGCAGAAGGUGGAAUGGGGUUUAGAAAAUUUACAGAUAUUCAAAAGUCCCUCUUCAUGAAAUUUGCGUGGAAGAUUAUGGUGGAGGACUCGUUGUGGUCUAAUUUUUUUAGAUUUGAUAAGUGGCUGGAUGAGGGUCCUCUAUGUAACCUGGUUCCUAUGGGUGAUCCUCCAAGCCUACAAGUUACAGAAUUUAAAAUGGAAAAGGGGUGGGAUGUUGUCAAGCUACACGGUAUAUUAGGGGCUGAGCUUACGAAAAAAGUGUUGGAAGUGUUAAGUAAAAGUAGAGCAGGGGCAGAUGUGCUGGUAUGGACAGCUAGUAAUGAUGGAAAAUUCUCCACUAAAAGUGCAUGGAAUUGUGUUAGGAUUAACGCUCCCAAGGUGAGAUGGGUAGACUGGGUUUGGCAUCCUUGCAUCCCAAAGAAUAUUUCGGUUAAUAUGUGGAAAGUUUUUAAUAAUGCUUUAAGUGUGGAUGAUAAAAUAAGAUCCAUUGGUAUUCCAAUAGCUUCAAAAUGUGACUGCUAUUUGAAUGGUGGAUAUGAAAAUAGAGAUCGUGUGCUAGCAAACGGGGACAUUGCAAAGGAGGUAUGGAGACUAGCAUACGCGCAGAUGGGUUUGGGCAGAACUACAGGAAUCUCUUGGAACCGGAUAGUGGAGGAAUGUCUUACUAAAGCUUCCAAGUCAUCACAACUGGGGCACCUACUCAGGAUCAUUCCAUCCAUUGUGACCUGGUCCCUCUGGCUAAGAUGCUGUAAGGCACGAGCAGAAGGAAUAAAAGACUCAGCUAUCACGGUUUGGUAUAAUAUUAAAACAUGGAUAGCAAAAGUGGGAGAAAAGCUCAAAGUGGGGAAACUACUAUUGAGUCGUGAUCAAAAAAUCCUAACGGAGUUGAACAUUCCAGUUAAACCUCCGAAAAGAGUAAUUCUGAAGCUGGUGCGAUGGACAAAGCUGGCACUUGGUCGUUUGAAGUUAAAUGUUGAUGGAAGCUCAAACGGAAAUCUUGGUUCUGCAAGGGCGGGUGGAGUGCUUAGAGAUUCUAAGGGUGAAUUGCUGAUGGCAUUUUCGGUUCAUCUUGGUACAGGUACAAGUAAUUAUGCAGAAGUGAUGAGCUUAAUUCAUGGUCUCCGGCGGAUUAAAAUGAUGGGAGUGGCCCACAUUGAUCUGGAAUCAGAUUCCAUGCUGGUGGUUAGAUGGCUGAAGGCAUCGAGAUGUGAAGUAUGGUAUCUUAAAGAAUACUGGGAGGAAUUAAUGGAGCUGUUGAAAGAAUUUGAGUUUCAAAUAUCACAUAUAUACUGGGAAGGAAACGCAGCAGCAGAUUUCUUGGCACGUCUGGGUGCGAAGGGCAUGAAUAAGCAAUGGCAUUCUCUGGAUAUUCCUUCCAAUCUUAGAAGGAUCUUACGGAUGGACAAACAUGGAUUUCCUAGCAUCAAACCAUGA